AUGCCUCGCGCGAUUGGAGAGGAGGAGGAAGCAGAUGGGAGGAGCGGGCACCGGCUCAUGCAACGGACAUUACCUGAGGUGAGACCAAGAUCGGAUAGAGUACCACGAAAAGGAGCCAUGAUUGCUGUGAAAUCACGGGGGUCUGUGUACCGUGUCUCUAUCGGAUGGUGGAGUGGUUCUGGGAACGCGGUCAGUGUUGAGCUUGUCCAUCUGUUCGUUCACCUGCAGUCCCAAGGGGCGUGGGGAAGGAAACAUGGAGCAUCACAGACGAUGUCAAGCUAG